UCACAUGGGGAUAAUUGACGGUCUGAAGAUGGCUUACCGUUGCGAAAGUGUGCCCACCUACCAGAGCAUUCACCUGCAGUUGCAUGUGGAUGGGUUCUCACCAUUUAAUUCAUCCGGUGUGCAAGUUUGGCCCAUUUUGUGUAGGUCUGUGGCGCCCUUGAUAUCGCAUCCAUUUUUGGUUGGUGUAUACUCGGGUCCACGAAAACCGUGGAAUGUACACCACUUUUUGGCUCCACUUGUAACGGAAUUGAGAACGUUACUUCGAACAGGCGUUAUGUUGCCCGGGCGGUCUACACCAAACGCUGUGCGUAUCUCUAAUAUCAUUUGUGAUGCACCAGCAAGAUCAUAUGUGAAGCGUAGUAAAGCACAUUCCGGGUACGGCAGCUGCGACAAAUGUGUGCAGCGAGGUGUUUAUGUCUCUGGGAAAAUACACGCCCUGGCAGGCAGGUGUCAUGAAUCUGACAAAAGGGUCAUGCACACUUUGCACGCUGUGGUCGAUUCACUUAGACGCGUGGAGGAGACCCUUCACGUAUUGAAGGAGAGCCACGCGGCCAUGACCCAGGCCAUGUGGACUGCAAAACCAAUGCAACGUCAUGAUUUAUCUCUACCUACCUCAACUAUUGAGGAAUUCUUGGAGUUAGAGAGUAAAUUAGUGGACCCAGACCUCCGUCGAGAACUGACUACUCGCAUGAACUCAACACCCGCCGGCACGGUAUCGGAGGCCAUUCGAUACAUGUUGGAUAGGGUUCUGAACAGAGAGGUCUUGAGGCAGCUUAACUUUGCGGGUGCAAACAACGCAAUACCGUUCAAGAAAACGCACACAUUCAGUGCGCUUCAAGGUAACUCAGAUAACCUUUCCAACUUUAUC